AUGGGUUGCAGACGCACAGACUGCCUCUCUCGGCCUCUGUCAAACCUCUUUGAAAAACUCGGAUCAACAGUUGGCUCCUAUCCAUUUUACUUUUUUGUUAUUCCAAUUUUGAUCACAGCGUCACUUAGCGGGGGCUUUUUUUUCCUCAAAGAUAGAGAAGAUAAUGAUCUUGAACGCCAGUUUACCCCCAAAAAAGGACCCUCGAAGGCAACUAGGGCUUUUGUUAGGGAGAACUUUCCUUACAAUGCUUCCAUGUUUUCUGAGAAAAGAUUGUAUGACAGUGGGAACUUUGCAUCUCUCAUUGCUGUGUCAAAGAACAGCAACAAUAUUCUGGAAAGCCCUGCCUUGGAGGACAUCAUCAGACUCAAUGAGAAGAUUCAGAACAUCACUGUGAACAGCAAGAGGCUGGGAUUCAGUCAGGCCUGUGCCAAAGCCAAUGAGAAGUGUGUCUCAAACGUCAUCCUGGAAAUCCUCAGCUACAAUGAGACCAGCAGAAACAGCAUCACCUACCCGGAGCAUCGACACGGGUCCAGUUUGGUCUUCCUUGGCUCUGCGCUCGGUGGAGUUCUAACAGAUGCAAACGGCAACAUCCAGAGGGCUCAAGCUUUGAAGUUAUUCUACUACUUAAACAACCAAGAAUCUGCAGCCGAGACUUCCAAGUUGUGGCUAAGAGGAUUUAAAGCGCUGCUGUCAGAUGAGACAGACAGGAAACACAUUGACGUCUCUUACUACACCUCUAAAUCCAAGCAGGAGGAGAUCGACAGCCACACCAUAGAUGGAUUCCCUUUGUUCCUCAUCACUUAUGCCUGUGCUAUAAGCUUCUCUGUGAUUUCCUGCCUAAGAUCCGACCACGUCAGAAAUAAAAUUUGGGUGGCUGUAUUUGGUGUUUUAUCCUCUGGGCUGGCAGUUAACUCCUCCUUUGGCUUACUGCUUUACAUUGGGGUGCCAUUUGUCAUAACUGUUGCCAACUCUCCUUUUUUAAUAUUAGGAAUUGGUCUGAACAACAUGUUUAUAAUAGUUUCCGACUGGCAGCACACCCAUGUAAUGGACCCUGUACCGAAGCGGAUGGCUCACACUUACAAAGAGGCAGUGAUGUCUAUCACCAUCACCGCCUUAACAGAUGUCCUGAAGUUCUCCAUCGGCGUCAUGUCUGAUUUCCCGUCAGUGCAGUCUUUCUGUCUGUACACCGCCAUCUCCAUCAUAUUCUGUUAUGUCUACACCAUCACCUUCUUCGGUGCGUUUGUGGCUUUGAACGGCCGGCGGGAGGCUAGCAACAGGCACUGGCUGACCUGCAUGAAAAUACCAUCAGAGAAAUCAAUUGACCAGACUCAGAUAUAUGACUUCUGCUGCAUGGGAGGCAAUUAUGAUGAGCAGACAGGAGCAGAGAAAAAAACAGUUGUAAGUAAUUUCUUCAAGGAUUACUACGGACCGUUCUUGAUGAAACCAUGGGUCAAAUGUGUUGUACUUAUUAUUUAUCUGGCGUAUUUAGCAACAAGCAUCUUUGGAUGUUUCCAUAUUCGGCAGGGAACUGAACUGUAUGAUCUGGCUGCUGAUAAGUCUCAUGUUACGAGAUUCAACAUUAAGGAGAGGCAGUAUUUCUAUGAAUAUGGCCCAUCCGUCAUGGUCAUUGUAAAAGAUGAUAUGGCGUACUGGGAUAAGAGCAAAAGAUCUCAACUUCAGGGAUGUCUAGAAGAUUUUAAGGAGCUCCACUUUGUUGACAGGGAGUUUUAUACAUCCUGGCUUGACUCUUACAUAUCCUACAGUCAAGAAAAAAACCUAAACAUUGACGAUAAGAAUGUUUUUCUCUCAAAUCUGCCUCCUUUUUUUGAACGUUAUCCUUUUUUUAAGCAAGAUUUGAACCUAAGCGGGGAUGCUGUCCAUGCAUCCCGGUUUUUCAUACAGAUUGUUAAUACCACUAAUGCCAGUGAGGAAAUUGAAAUGCUGAAAGUCCUUAAAUCUGUUGCAGGCAGAUGCAAGGUAGCUUCAUUAUUGUUCUACCACCAUGAGUUUAUUUACUUUGAUCAGUACGACGUUGUGGUGAAGAGCACCAUUAAAAACGUCUUAGUUAUUACCGCCGUGAUGUUCGUUGUCUCUCUCCUGCUGAUUCCCCACCCGGUUUGCUCCUUGAUGGUCACUUGUUCGAUUGGUUCGGUGACUGCUGGAGUCAAUGGUUUCAUGGCUCUUUGGGACAUCAGUCUGGACUCCAUUUCAAUGAUCAUUUUCACUGUCUGCAUAGGCUUCACUGUGGACUUCUCUGCUCAUGUGUCCUAUGCAUUUGUCUCAAGUGAGAAGCCCCACCCAAACAACAAGGCAAUAGACGCUCUGUCCAAUCUGGGUUACCCCAUCAUUCAAGGUGCCUUAUCCACCAUAUUAGGGGUGUCAGUGUUAGCCAUGUCAGAAUUCUACACCUUUAGGACCUUUUUCAGGAUUUUUCUCCUGGUCAUGUUGAUUGGGAUGGUCCAUGGUCUCGUUUUCAUGCCAGUCUUCCUGACAGCCUCUGGAUGCGGCACAGAUAAAAAGAAAAGUCGAGAUAAGGAAUUGAAAACUACAAAACUUUGA